AUGACAAGCACUAUUGGGUUCGCCCUCGUGACCCCGGCUUCGAAAGGACUGGGAUUCGCCUUUGCGCGACAGCUGCUGUCCAACACGGACCUCCCCGUCCUUGCGACUGCGCGGAGAGAUACCGCACAACUCCGUAAAAGCUUACUGAAGCAACUCAAUGAUGAAACUGGAAAGGCGGAGGAGAGGCUCAGAGUCUUUGAAGUUGACGUGACUGAUGAGGCGACCAUACACGCCAUGGCCGCACAGAUACGAGAAGAGAUUCCACAGGCUUCCCUGCGUAUUGCAAUCACCGUACCUGGAGUUCUGCACGUGGAGAAGUCUCCGACACAGAUCGAUGCGGCCAACGCUCUGCACAGUUUCCAAGUCAAUGCUCUUGGUCCUAUGCUUCUGAUGAAGCACUUGGCACCAUUUUUGCCAACAAAGACAUCGGCAACCUUUGCGGAUGAUUCUCCAUCUGCACAUGUACAACGCCCGUGGAAGCUUCCAUCGCAUGCUAUCUACGCGAUGAUGGCCGCGCGAGUUGGGUCCAUAUCGGACAAUGCAACAGGGGGCUGGUAUUCAUACCGUGCUAGCAAAGCCUCCGUCUUUCAGCUGACCAAAACUUUCGAUCUGUAUUUGCGGUCACGGAGCAGAGACCGAGCCUUUGCGGUGGCGCUGCAUCCCGGGACAGUCCAGACUGAUUUCACGAAAGAUUACUGGGAUGGCAGACACAUGCUGCAGCCAGAAGAAUCCGCAGUGAAGCUAUUACAGCACCUAUGUGGUAUGCAGACCGGUGACUCCGAUGGGCGGGGCCGCUGUUGGGAUUGGAAAGGCGAGGAGGUUCUACCUUGA